AUGCCCAAGUACCUCUACCACGUUUUUCUCACACACGACUGGGGCAUCGACGAGGCUGGCCGUGACAACCACGAGCGCGUCUCUCGCAUCAACAACGUCCUCAAGGCCAAUGACAUCGUCACGUGGUUCGACGCCGACCGCAUGCGAGGCAACAUCAAAAAGAUGAUGGCCGACGGCAUUGACCACUCAGCGCUCGCAGCGGUGUUUAUCACGCAGCGCUACAUGGAGAAGGUCAAUGGUACCAACCAGAACGACAAUUGCCAGCUAGAGUUUGGCAUGGCGGGGAACACGCAAACGGCGGCGCGUAUCGUUCCUAUCGUCAUGGAGACUCGUAUGAAGAACUUGGCCAACUGGAAGGGCGAGUUCAAGCUCAUGUUGGGCACCUUACUGUACAUGGACGCAACAUCCGAUACCACCCUCGAGCAGUUUGCGCUCGAGUUGGUCGUCAAGAUCAAGGAGAUGCUGGCGGACACAAACUUGUUUCCCGAACAAGACGACGUCAUCAUUGAUGCAGCCGCGAGCGCAGUACUUGUCCAAAAAUCCGCCGAGUCCGAGGCACCGCCACCACUUCGCUCCAACGCAGUCGCUCCCAUGGAUGUGCCGAGGGGCAAAGCCGUCAACCACUGGAAACCGUGGCGUCUUCUUGUCGUUGCUGGUACGGCUGCAAUCGCGGUCAUUGCCGUGCACGUCGUCUGUGCCGGUUUGGACGCCAACACCAACGCCUACAACGUGGAUGGAUUUCAGUCUAUCACCGACUCCAAUGCCGCCAUCGAUGUCAACCUCAUCGCCGACACCAACGACAUCCUCGUCAUGGACACCGUCGUCAACUUCGCCAAUGACAACUCCAACUCCUCUAUCAACGACAGCAUCAAAGACAGCGCGUCAUACUCGUUGAGCACAGUCUGGAAUGCGUCGUCGCUCAAUGGUGACCCGUACCUCCUUGGCAUCACGUCGGCAGUGUCGCAGAUCAUUAUGAGCGUCGAAACCGGCCUCCUUUCGUGGGCAACAGGCAAUCCGGGCGCCAACGUAUGGCUGACGAGCGGCUCGCCAGGCUACCCUCUCACGCUUGCGGCCGACCGCAACGGAAACAUCGUGUACGCAGACCCGUUGACGAGCAAAAUCACGGCCCGGCAGUCUUGCCGCUAA